GAACAUCCGACUGAGUGUCACACAGUUCCAUCCUCCUGUAGAGAAGAAGAAGAGGAAGAAGAAGAGGAGGAAGAAGAAGCUGGGAGGUAUUGGGUCUGAGUCAAGAGAUCAGUACCAACGCUCUGCUUGAGACCACAGGAAGUUCCUUUUUAUCUGGUAUAACUUUCCACGGCGGUGACUGAACGGAGCCCUGCACCAUGAGGAGUGUGCUCCUGUGUUUCCUCUGCGUGGCUCUGCUGCUGCCUCCGCCCGUCCGGAGCCAGAGGGCCUCCGACCUCGACGGAGAGGAGCUGGCCGCCGGCGUCCUGGACCUCGGCGACCCGCUGACCUCGCUGACCUCGCUGCUCCGGCGAGAACAACGAGCGCCGCGCCCGGCCUCCCAGGUGCCGAAGAGAGCCCAGCAGGGGUCCCGCUACGCCCUGUCCCUCGACGUUCCCACCAGCAUCCUCAGCGUCCUCAUAGACCUCGCCAAGAACCAGGACAUGAGGACCAAGGCGGCGGCCAACGCGGAGCUGAUGGCGCGGAUAGGCAAGAGGAAAUAAGAAGCACCUCAGGGGGAGGGGGGCCUCCUGGGAGCCGCCAGGGGCCCCGAUGCAGUGGCAUUGUGACACCUGGUUAGAAACGGCGUUAGUUCAGGUGCGAUUAGUCAUUACGGUCAAUAUCUGUCCUUUAGAGCUUAGAUUUGCUUUACUUUUGUACUUAUUUGACCUAAUUUUACAGUCAGAAACACACUCCAUGGGCGGACUGUUGGGACAGAAGUGAAACAGAGAGAAUGAUGUACGAUGAAGUUGUUCUUUUCUCUCCAGGACUGUUCGCCCUGUGUCUCGUGUUUGCAUGUGUGAUCUUUGGAAUCAAAGAAGAAAAAAAAGGUUGUUCAAUUAAAUCCAAUAUGAUAAUCCUC